AAAAAGAAAUAAAUAAAUAAUAUUUGUGUAUAUAUAUUUUCUUGUUAGGUUACAAAUAAAAGAAUAUUCUGGAAUAAUCGGAGAAGCGGAAAACCGAAAAAAAAAAAUGGCGAACAACGAUAUCGAACACUACAAGUCGAAGGUGACACCCUAUGUGUUCGCAUGCUGGAUACUCGCUGCCUUUGGAGGGCUAAUGUUCGGUUACGACAUCGGCAUUUCGGGUGGAGUAACGUCUAUGGACGAUUUCUUGAUAAAGUUUUUCCCGAAAGUACACGAGAGGAAAUUGCACGCAUCGGAAAAUAAUUACUGUAAAUACGAUGACCAAAUGCUGCAACUCUUCACAUCUUCGUUGUACAUAGCAGCGUUGAUAGCUAGCUUCUUUGCAUCGAGAGCUUGUACGCUUUUAGGGCGCCGCCCCACUAUUCUUAUGGCUUCGAUUUUUUUCAUCGGUGGGGCUUGCUUGUGUGGGGCCGCCGAGGCGAAGUGGAUGCUUAUCGUUGGUCGAAUUCUUUUCGGCAUUGGCGUUGGAUUCGGAAACGAAGCUGUUCCAUUGUUUCUAACCGAAAUCGCACCGGUACAACAUCGGGGGGCCGUAAAUAUCCUCUUCCAGCUCUUCGUAACGAUCGGGAUUUUCAUAGCAAACCUAAUAAACUACGGCACGUCAAUGAUUCAUCCCAACGGAUGGAGGAUUUCACUAGGGCUUGCAGCGGUUCCAGGCUGCGUCCUCCUGGUCGGAUCUUUGAUAAUUACCGAAACGCCCUCGAGCCUGGUCGAGAGAGGCAAAGAAGAUGAGGGCAGAAAAGCCCUCAAGAAAAUCAGAGGUGUCGACGAAGUCGAUGCCGAGUUUCAGCAAAUUGUAGCCGCAUGCGAACAAGGAAGACAAGUGAAGAAGCCUUUCAAGAAACUGUUCAAGCGAUCCGGAAUCCCGGCUCUAUUCGUCGCCAAUAUAAUUCAGGUGUUCCAACAGCUAACCGGAAUCAAUGCAAUCAUGUUUUACGCGCCUGUCCUUUUUCAGACGUUAGGGUUCAAAUCCGAUGCUUCGUUGUUGUCGUCUGUCAUUACCGGAUUGGUUAACGUCGGUGCUACUUUCGUCUCUAUCUACCUUGUGGAUAAGGUAGGAAGGAGAAAGCUUCUUCUCCAAGCUUCUGUCCAGAUGUUUAUCUCCCAGGUUGCGAUUGGAGCAAUCUUGCUAACGCAUCUAAGCGCAACCGGCACGUUGCACAAGGGGCUUGCAGCACUAGUCGUUAUUUUAGUGUGCACGUUUGUGAUGUCGUUCGCAUGGUCGUGGGGCCCGAUGGGGUGGCUGAUUCCGAGUGAAAUAUUCCCGAUCGAGACAAGAACAGCCGGUUUCGCAUUUGCUGUCAGCACAAACAUGAUAUUCACGUUCAUAAUCGCCCAGGCGUUUCUAUCGAUGAUGUGUCAUAUGAGGGCGUACAUAUUCUUCUUCUUCUCCGCAUGGAUUCUCGCAAUGGGACUCUUUGUCGUGUUCCUACUGCCCGAGACGAAAGGGAUACCUAUCGAGCUUAUUGAGGAAAGAGUAUGGAAGCAGCAUCCGGUGUGGAAAAAGUUCUACGACGACGACGAAGGGAAGAGAGACGAGAUGGCAUAAAUAUAUAAUACGAACAUUUAAGGGAGAUUUUCUACGUAUGUUUUUUUUUUUUAUCGAAAAUUGUUAUCGGAACUGAUUGUUCGUCUCGUCAUCCAGGAUGUUUCCCUAAUGUUUAAUACUAAUUUAUAAACGUUAUAAGUUGUAUACUUCGGUAUCG